UCCCAAGAAAAGAUGCAUCAUGAAGGUGCCUGCGUGCUUCUGCUGAGAAUGGCUCUGAUGGUAAUGGCACAGCAGGUUCCCUGCUUCUUCAUAUUUGGAGACUCUCUCUCUGACAGUGGCAACAACAAUCGCCUUCUUACACUGGCCAGAGCGGACUACCCCCCUUACGGCAUCGACUUCCCGCAAGGUCCCACCGGCAGGUUUAGCAAUGGCCUCAUCGCUCCCGAUGUAAUUGCUGAACUUCUGGGGUUCGAAGACCUCAUCCCUCCCUAUUCACAAGCAACUCCUCAGAUGCUGCUCAAGGGAGCGAACUUUGCGUCUGCUGCUGCCGGAAUCCGAGAAGAGACCGGCCGACUACUGGGAGCAAGAGUUCCACUGAGAGGACAGGUGGAGGAUUUUCAUGACGCUGCUAUGGUGAUCGCAGAGAUUCUUGGCAGUGAAGAUUCAGCAGCAGAGCAUCUCAGCAAGUGCAUUUUCAUCGUAGGAAUGGGGGGAAAUGACUACCUCAACAACUACUUCGUGCCUGGACUGUAUCCGUCCAGUAUGCAGUACACUCCAGAGCAGUAUGCAGCUGAACUUGUCCGGUCUUAUACUCAGCAUUUAACGGCUUUGUACAAGGAAGGGGCGAGGAAGGUGGCGAUCUUCGGGGUGGGACCUGUGGGUUGCACACCGAGCGCAUUGUCUCAGCACAGCCCGGAUGGGGAGACGUGUGUGGAGGCCAUCAAUGACGCCGUCCGCAGCUUCAACUCUCGCCUGCCCGACCUCGUGGACCAUUUCAACGCCAGGUUCGAGGGCGCCCGCUUCACCUACAUCAAUGUCUACGCCAUGUUCGACGACAUCCAUAACAAGCCCUGCCACUAUGGAAUCACAGUGACGAAUGUUGGGUGCUGCGGCUUAGGGAGGAACAACGGGCAGAUUACAUGCCUCCCUUUCGAGGUGCCAUGCCCCAACAGGAACGAAUACCUCUUCUGGGAUGCCUUCCAUCCUACUGAGGCAGUCGGCAUCAUCCUCGGGAAAAGGUGCUUCGAGGCAGAGAAACCUUCAGAUGCCUACCCAAUUGACAUUCGACGCUUGGCAGAGAUUUAGAAACGCAGCAUCUCCGUCUUUCUCUCAUUCUUAUUUGCUUAUUAGAGCCUGUCGGAAAGGAAGGAGGAAAACAUUUCGAAAUGUUACCAUCGGUCCUUCUGUCGCGUCCCCACGUGUGGGACGGGCCAAUGUUUCCAGAUAAAAGAGCAUUUUUGUAAUAAAGGGGUAAAGUUUUCUCA